AUGUUGCAAUGUUUAUUAUUACUGCAUGCAACUCCUCGUAAGAAACUAGGCAUGGGCAAAGAAAAAAUACAAUUAUGUGAUAUCGUUAUUAUGGAGGCAGAGCUGAGCACCUGGACUGCUUUCCUGCAGCGCGCUGUCGAAGCCACGUACAACACUGAGGUCGUCAUUGACAACUUGCACAAUAUGAUUGCUGAGCAGCGGCGCUGCGUGCGGGAGGUGUCUUCUAGCACCGUGUUCACGUCCCUGUGCGCUGACGGAGACGCCCGCCCGGCCGCCGGCGAGCGCGAGGCCGAGGCCGACGGUGAGGCCGAAGCCGCAGCGACGCCCGCCAGCUCGAGCGUGAGUACCAGUGUCACGUCUCCGCUGGACCGGCGGGCUCCGUCGCUGGCCUGCAGCACGCCCAUCGCGCGCGACUAG